UGCAAAUACAGCCUUGUCUGUGCUUCUCCUGCACCUCUGUUUUUGAUUUCACAAGGAAAGAGUAACUACUACCUGCUCCACGGAAGCAGAGAUGAAGUACAACUCCCACCUGCUCUGGAGAAUGCUGUUUUUCAUCAGUGCAGUGUGGCUUAUUACAGAUUUUAUUGAAGCUGGAACUGCCGAUUGUAAAAAUGCUGAUUUAAGUGAUUUGAAUCAUCAGGUGAAGACGUUUUCUCAGUGCUUCCUUGAAAUGCUUCCCGAUGAUAAGAGAACUGAAAUCAAUUCCCUUGCAUGGUCAUUGCAACAGGUACUUGAUCGCCUAAGAGAGGUUCAAGGGAAAGCUUGCAAGGCCUUCAUGCCAAAAAAUUGCCCUGUUCCAGAGGCUCCCCAAAAUGGUGGUCUUGUGUGUGUCAGCAUUGACAGCGUCCAGUACUGCAAGCCAAUGUGUAACCAGGGUUAUGACUUUGGAUUUCUGAGACGAAGCAGGGUAUAUGAGAAAUGUGGAGAGUCUACUGGUUAUUCCUGGACAACACAACUAGUUGGUGGAAACAGGCUGGCUGAUUGUAUCUCCUCACCAAUUGCCGUCAGUGGAGUCAAGUCUGCAUACUUCCCCACUCACAUGUGCUGUCAACAAACAAUAGCCAAUGCCACUGCUGAAAGCGAGCAGAUAGAAAUCUUCCUCAGAGAACUUGCUGAGGCUGAGAAGGACGUCUCUCAGAAACGUGAAAUGGCAAUUGAUUGUAUAUUGUGUGGUAACUAGGUGUAUGGUUCAACAAACGUAGCGCAGGCAGGUGGGUUACUAUAUUUGUAAUUGUCAUAGGAUAUUUUAAAAGCUAAAGGCAGGUCAAUUCAUAUCAAUCUAAUGGGAUAGUUCUCAGAUCAAUGAACAUGUGGCAUUUUUAAGAAGGAUUGAAGAGCACAUCCAUCAUUUGAACUAACUUCAGCCCUUAGAUGCGCACAAAUAUGGAGUUUGCAUAGAAUUCAGAGCUGAAGCUAAGGCAGUACGGUCUAUUUCCCAACAUGUGUAUCAUGUAAUAAAAAAAGUGUUCAAUUAUGUAGAUUAAAUUUGUUCAGUGCUGAUGAAAAAUGCUUAAUUGACAGCCUUGGAGACUGAAGUCUUCUCUUUAUCUAGGGAACAGGUAGUGCAUGAGUAGUGAAUGCGCAAACUUUCUUCAUGUCAGUUUAACAAUCCUGUACUGAUCUUUUUCAGCAGUACUACUGCCUAGACAGUUAUUCUCCAUUUUGUAGUUGUACAUUUGCUUUGCACUUAUCUAUAUUGAAUUUAAUCUUGUUGAUUUCAGACCAAUUCUCUAAUUUAUAAGGUCAUUUUGAAAUUAAAUCCUGUCCUCUGAAGUGCUUGCAACUA